GCCCCCCACCCUCUCGGCCGGAUCCCCUUCCACACUGGCCCGGGAUGCGCCUCAACGCUACCGCCUCGGUGCCCCCCUCGCCCACAGCACCAGGCUCUUUCUCCCUGCGGCCGUCGGGGAUGGCUCCGGCUGGGUACAGCAACGCCACGACCAACGUCUCAGAACCCCUGGUCCGUGGCCCCCCUCAGGAGGAUGACCUGGACGUGAACACGGACAUUUACUCCAAGGUGCUGGUCACAGCCAUCUACCUGACCCUCUUCGUAGUGGGCACCGUGGGCAACUCGGUCACUGCCUUCACCCUGGUACGCAAGAAGUCACUGCAGAACCUGCAGAGCACCGUCCACUAUCACCUUGCCAGCCUCGCUUUCUCCGACCUACUCAUCCUCCUCCUCUCCAUGCCCAUAGAGCUGUACAACUUCAUCUGGGUCCACCACCCCUGGGCCUUCGGGGACGCCGUCUGCCGGGGCUACUACUUCCUCCGUGACGCCUGCACCUAUGCCACAGCCCUCAACAUCGCCAGCCUCAGCUUGGAGCGCUACAUGGCCAUCUGCCACCCCUUCAAGGCCAAGAGCGUCAUGUCCCGCAGCCGCACCAAGAAAUUCAUCAGUGGCAUCUGGCUCGCCUCCUUCCUGCUUGCCAUCCCCAUGCUCUUCACCAUGGGCCAGGUCAACGCCAGUGUCGAUGGACUUCACCCUGACGGACUCAUCUGCACCACCAUCGUGGAGACAUCCACGGUCAAGACUGUCAUCCAGGUUAAUACCUUCAUAUCCUUCUUAUUUCCAAUGGUGGUCAUUUCAGUUCUGAACACCAUUAUCGCCAACCAGCUCAUCAUCAUGUUCAAACAGGCCGCCCAACAGAACCAAGUGUGCACCAUUGGAGGGCAGCAGACCAUGCUCAGCAUGUCCAUGGAGCCCAGCCGCGUCCAAGCCUUAAAGCAUGGAGUCCGGGUUUUGCGUGCUGUAGUUAUUGCCUUCGUGGUCUGUUGGCUUCCUUACCAUAUACGACGCCUGAUGUUCUGCUAUAUCCAUGAGGAUCAGUGGACACCAUUCCUCUAUGACUUCUACCACUACUUCUACAUGCUGACCAAUGUUCUCUUCUAUGUAAGUUCAGCCAUCAAUCCCAUCCUCUACAACUUGGUGUCAGCCAACUUCCGCCAGAUCUUCGUUUCCACCUUGGCUUUCCUUUGCCCUCCUUGGAGGAGAAAGAAAAAAAGGCCACCAUUCCCCGGGAAAUCCAACAGCAUUUCCAGCAACCACACAUUUUCCAGCAAUGUGACCCGGGAGACACUCUACUAGGGCCUCAAAAAGACAGCCUUGAAGUAGGGGUGAAGCAUGUCCUGACCUCAUUCCACAGUUCAUCAGAAUGAAAGAGGCCAGAGAACUCCCCCCUUCCAGUGAUCUCAUCCUUUACCCAAUAGGUUGAGUGUCUAUAGAGCUAUUUUUCUUUGAAACAGAAGACUUCAUUCUGUAGCCACACCAGGAUGAUUUCCUUUUUAAUGUGUUGGCCUUCUCCUUAUUGUGAAUAACAUCUACCUAUUGAUUUUGAACCUAGGGUCCUGGCAUGAAUUUAGCUAAGGUGUCACCUAGAAGCUGUGGCAUUUCUUUUACCUCUUUAGUACUGAAAUUCAGACCACGAGUUUUACAAAGUCAAUUUCUGCUCAAUGCCAAGAUAUUCCCCUAUCUUCCCUCUUUUCAAGUCCCAGAAUGAGACCAUUUCUCCUGGAGACACUAAACAAGGUGGUUAAUGAAAAGUAAUUAGUUUUCAGUGAAAGGGAGAUCUUCUUUGUUGCUAAUUUAAUGGAUAUUUAGAGUAAGGGAAAUGAAAUAAUAAACAGCAGGAUUUGAGCUCUCAGGGACCAGAGUAGUUUUCUGUAGAUGCAAUUCUGAAUUUCAGUUAACAGGACAAAGGAGCUCAGGGGAACCAACUCAAGGGAUACAACCAAAAUAGAGAAAAGGCUGAUCCAGUGGCCCUGGGACCUUGUUCCAACAGUACCUGGACUGUCUGCAUGACAAGGAAGCAAAAUGUGGAGGAAAAAUAGAAUUGUUGAAUCUGAAGAAGGGGAAUGUGAUUUUUAAUAACUCAGCUAUGGUGUUACUUCUGAGUCUAAGGCAAAUUAAAAUUUUUGUCCCCCAGCUAAGGAAAAUGAUCAUCCAGAGGACUCAAGGGACGAGUGUCUCCUAAGGCCUCAGAAAACCCUGGGGUUUGAGGAGCAGAAGUAGUUCACCCCCUUGCUCUGACCCCAAAUUCUCAGCCAUUGGCAUAUUUUACAGGCCUGAAUUCCAAAGGGACUAAAGGUGAGAGAUUGACAAUUGUUCCCAAAUCGCUCAACUCCCAAUCCAAUAAUAAUACAAUAACCAGAUAUCUGGUGUUUGUACCUGUUCAGCUGGGUCAGGUGGAGAGAGGGACCCACGGGCUUAGCCUUCUGUUCAAGGGUAGCAAUGGGCCCUACUCCCUCCCACCUCCCCAUUUUCCAAUCCUGACAAUCUUCCAGUGUGUCAAUGGGCCAGAAAACACCUGAUUUCUCUGGAUGAUAAUCUGGGGUCCUGGUAAACAUGCUGGAAAUGAGCAUGCAACCUUGCCCUUUGGACCUGGGGAUAUGCCACCAGGGUGGUUCUACCUUUAUGCCCACAAUCUCUACUUUGCUCCCAAUCACCAACUCCAAGCCAAAUCUCAGUGUCAUGGGCACCUGUGAAUGAUGGAAGGAAAUGGUGCUGGGAAAGGACUAUGAAGAGGGAAGAAUUUGACUUGGAGAUACACAAGCCACUGAUACAUUAAUCCUCCACCUUUAGCACCAAGAACUAAGUCUGUCUAUCAUUUUACCUGGCUACAAAAAAGGAGGUGCCCUCAACAUUCAUAGUACAGCCUUGCCGAUAACUAGAGGCCUAGAGACAAAAUGAUCGAUAUCAUGCCAGUGGGAAAGAUUUUUAUAGAUCUGUCAGCCUGGGAAGAGAUAGAAAACUAGUAAAAAAAAGUCAGUAAAUGGAUAAACAUUUUUUUUGUACAACUCAUCCAGGUAGUGCCUGGCUGG